AUGGACAGACCGGGACAGACCCAUGGACAGACCGGGACAGACCCAUGGACAGUCCGGGACAGACCCAUGGACAGUCCGGGACAGACCCAUGGACAGUCCGGGACAGACCCAUGGACAGACCGGGACAGACCCAUGGACAGUCCGGGACAGACCCAUGGACAGACCGGGACAGACCCAUGGACAGUCCGGGACAGACCCAUGGACAGUCCGGGACAGACCCAUGGACAGUCCGGGACAGACCCAUGGACAGUCCGGGACAGACCCAUGGACAGACCGGGACAGACCCAUGGACAGUCCGGGACAGACCCAUGGACAGACCGGGACAGACCCAUGGACAGUCCGGGACAGACCCAUGGACAGUCCGGGACAGACCCAUGGACAGUCCGGGACAGACCCAUGGACAGUCCGGGACAGUCCGGGACAGUGGGAACAGAAACAGAGACUCACCAGGACCUCAGCUACAGACAGUCCUCCUCAAAGAAGUAUAAUAAUAAUAAUACUAUGGGUCUAUGCGAAAGUCCAGCUCCGGGGUCCGCCUCCAGCCUCGGACCUGCGCACUGCUGA